CGUUAAUAAGGAGCAAUUUUUGCAGUCUUAAUUUUCACAAAGGGAAAAUCAACUCUGCGUUCUUUGCAUUUGGAUAAUUUUGUGAUUUUGUUUGAAAUCUUUUAAUUCAAUUGACUAACCAUCUUUUGGUACUUUAGUUUAAAUUACAUCUAAUUAUUUCAUCUGAACAAUUAUGGCUGGAGGUAAAGCUGGUAAAGACUCUGGAAAGGCUAAGGCCAAAGCAGUAUCACGAUCCGCCCGUGCUGGACUUCAAUUCCCAGUAGGACGUAUUCAUCGUCAUUUGAAAAACAGAACAACAAGUCAUGGACGAGUUGGUGCUACUGCUGCAGUUUAUUCAGCAGCUAUCUUAGAAUACCUUACUGCUGAGGUUCUUGAAUUGGCAGGUAAUGCUUCCAAAGAUUUGAAGGUAAAAAGAAUUACUCCUCGCCAUCUUCAACUUGCCAUUCGUGGUGACGAAGAAUUGGAUUCUUUGAUCAAAGCUACUAUUGCUGGUGGCGGUGUCAUUCCUCAUAUUCACAAAUCUCUAAUUGGCAAAAAGGGAGCUACUGGCCAGAAACCCGCUUAAUUAAUUAAUAUGCUCAGUGGGAAAAUAAGCUGAUAGUUAAGAUAGGAUUUUUCUCUUUUUUAUUUUUCCUUUUCUUCAUUAAUCAACCAUCAAUCUGCAAGACCAAGUCAUUAUUGUGACAUUCAUUCAUUAAAAGCUCACAUCUUAUUUGGAAAUUUCACACAUUAAAAUAAACAUCAUAAUAAUCUCAAA